CCGAGCUUCUCAUGUUUCAAUCCGUCCAUCGUUAGCGCGCUGAGCCUCCCGCUCUUCUGCGCGUGUGUGUGUGUAGUCAGGCAGAAGCACGCAGUUGCAUACUCUGAGGCGGGGGUCUUAUUUGGGAAACGACCGGAAAAUCCCACACGUCGUACCGGAGCGGUGAGCCGUCGUGUCUGCCUCGUUUCCGUCCAUCUCGGGCCAGGAUGUCGGGAGACGCCGAGUCGUCCGGGUUCUCGAGCGAGGAGGUGCUGAACCUCCGCUUCCCUCUCCACCGCGCGUGUAGGGACGGGGACGUCGGCGCGCUGUGCGAUCUCCUCCGGUGCGUCACGAGCCCCGCGGAGCUCGCGGCGGAGGACUCGUUCUACGGCUGGACGCCGAUCCACUGGGCCGCGCACUUUGGACAGCUGGAGUGCGUGAUGCGUCUGGUGGCGGUGGGCUGCGGUGUGAACGCGGUGACCUCGCGCUUCGCCCAGACCCCCACCCACAUCGCCGCCUUCGGGGGUCACCCCGCCUGCCUGCUGUGGCUGCUGCAAACCGGGGCGGACAUUAGGAAACAGGACUAUGUGGGAGAGGCCCCGGUCCACAAGGCUGCCCGCGCGGGCAGCCUGGAGUGUGUGAGGGCUCUGCUGACGCAGGGCGCCCAGGCUGACCUGAGGAACGCCAGCGGGCUGACAGCGGCCGACCUGGCUCACGCCCAGGGCUUCCGGGAGUGCGCUGAGGUCCUCUUCAACGCCCAGAACAUCCAGAGGAACCUAGCCCCCGCCCAGGGCCCGCUGGGGGGGUUCGGCCUGAACGGGUCCGCCCACAACGGGGACCACGCCCUCCAGGGGCGCAGCUUCCUGUCCGCAGCCCCGAACAGGAAACGGUCGUUUGAUGGCAUGGAGGACAGUCAGUUUAAGAAGCCAAGAACCAACGGCUUCGGCGCCCCCCCAGGACUGCUGAACGGAGGAGGCGCUGGAGAGGACCUCAUGGAGAGCAUGCUGGAGGAGUCCUCCUCAACCUCAGGUGGGCCCGCCCCCUUUACCUUCGGGCCCUUGGCCCCGCCCCCCGGGCCGGACCAGAGGGAGGACUGGGCCCCCGCCGCGCCCCGGGAGCAGGAGAUCAUCACCGUGGGCGCCAUGCAGACCCCCUGCCGCUGCACCAACUCCUACGCCUACCUCUAGGGGGCGUAGCUCUGGAGGGCGAGGCGCCCCCUCUGGAGGGUUAGCACCUAGCUUCAGAGGGUUAGCACCUAGCUUCAGAGUUAGCGCCUAGCUUCAGAGUUAGCGCCUAUCUUCAGAGUUAGCACCUAGCUGCAGAGUUAGCGCCUAGCUUCAGCGGGUUAGCGCCUAGCUUCAGAGGGUUAGCGCCUAGCUUCAGAGGGUUAGCCGGCCGUGGUGUUGUAGUGGCUCGUCUAGGGGUUUACUUUGUUGCUUUGGAAUAGAGUUGUGUCACAAUGGGUUGUCCACCUUUUCUUAAGAUGAGUAAUAUAUUAUUCUCCUUCGAGGUUCCUCGUUUGUUAGAUCUGUUGGUCUGUUUUGGUCAAGGUUAUAAAAGUUGUAUAAAAGAUUUUGGUUGGUAAACAGAAUGUUUGUUUUCUUGCACAAUUUACAGGAACAUGAUAACCAGGGAUGUGUAGACCAGUGGGUCGGGAGUUUGUGAUGGCUGUAAAUAUAGGGCCCAAAUUCAUGCAUCUACACAAGUAAAACUUAGUUUUAGAAGUUCUCAGAAGGGAGAGUUUGUGUGUUCAGUGCCUUGUUACCCUUGGUUCACAUCCAUUCAGGGGAUUUCUUCGUUUAGCUUUAGCGUGACAAUUUCCUUCUCAUUUGUUAGAGGAGAGUUUCACUAUAAGCCAAAGCAUAUAAGGAAUGUUAUUAAUCAAGAUGAGCUACACUGAAGCCGUCCUCGGUGUGGAGGUUCAGGCUGACGCUCAAUGUGUAAAUCUGGUGUAAAGAUGGUAGCUGGAGUUCUACUGUUGGCCGACGACAUGUGGGAUUAAUCGCUGCUCUUGUGACUCUUGAUGUCAUGAAUGACAGUAUAGGGAAGUUUAGCUUGUUGAUAUUGACUAUCUCAAUUCAGCUUUGACAUUUACAAAUGGAGGCUAGGUCAGGAUGUUCUGUCUCAUUAAACUAAUCGAGGCAUUUGUUAAAGGAACGUCCCGGGCUGAGGGAGGGGCGGAACUACGGUUCUCUGAUGUGCUGAACCCAGGAGGGGUUCGGGUUGAGGCUCUGAACAGAGAGCUCUCCUCACCCAGGGAGACGUUGAGUCCUCCAGGCCGGUCAGACCGCCUGGAGCCCCGGCUGUGGCCUGGAGCCCCGGCUGUGGCCUGGAGCCCCCGGCUGUGGCCUGGAGCCCCCGGCUGCGGCCUGGAGCCCCCGGCUGUGGCCUGGAGCCCCGGCUGUGGCCUGGAGCCCGGUCCUCCAGGCUGCGGUCCUCCAGGCUGCAGCCUGUGACAGUGUGUCACUCCAGCUCUGCCAGCUGUUCUGUACUGCGUGCCGUGACCGCUCCUCUAUAUUGUGGUUUUGUCUCAUCUCUAGUGGCAGGUGAAACACACUCUGGGGAUUUUACCUCAAAUGGCCACAGCCAGCGAGGGGGGGGGACCCCAGAGACCGGCGGGGUCCAGCAGCCUGCCUACGGGGACGAGGCUCCCAGUGCAGGCAGUCAGCUGGAGCACCAGACGUCGGUCAAGGCAGAGCAGUUUUAUGACCACGCGUUCUUCAGCACAAUGCUCCUCUACCACGGGUCAUGAGACCGGGUCUUCAGCACCAUGCUCCUCUAUAGGCUCAUGAGACCGGGUCUUCACCUCACAACCACGCUAUGCUUCAUUUGUUAAAAAAAUUAAAAGAAACACAUGGAAGGGAAGGCUUGUAUUUCCAGAAUUUGCUGUUUUCAAUGUAUAUACUUGUUCUGUCUUUGUUAAUGUUUUUGUUAUUAGAACCAAUACCAUAAGUUCAUUGGUCACUAUGCUGAGCUUCGUUUUUUUAAAUACACUUUAUUAACUGGUUUUAUUUGGGAACGAAUACGCAUCGAUGUAUUUAACCAAUGCCUGUACUCUGAUAAUCCUGUUUAAUUAAGGACUUAUGUAUUUUUCAGAUUUCUUGAUACAAGUUUGAUUGGAUGAUUGUCACAAUGCUCAUUAAUUACAAAUAAAGGGUUUGUGAAACUAAACCUUCAAUCUUUUGGCAAGAACUGUUUAUUCUAAUUUUUGUAACAUUUCUCUGAUUCCCAAAGCGCACAUCACUGAUUUGUUAUCUAUGGUUACUUUAUAGUACAUAUACAUGUGAAUGUAAAGCUAUAUCAGUUGAAUAAUGGGUCCAAUCUCACCUGUCGGUACGAGCCAGAACCCACCCUAUG